AUGUCUAGCCACCCAGAAGCGGGCACCGCCAAACCCGACCAACCAGCCCAAUCCCCAGAGUCCCAGCCAACAGCGCCUGCAGAGCCUCCGACCCAGCCAGAGCUAACCGCUGACGCUACUACUCCCUCCGUCGAUCCACUCGAGCUCCAAGGCGACUCCGUGGCCGCGACCCAGAACCACCCCGCAACUGGCCCUGGUGGCGAAAGCGCCGCCCCCGUGACAACGACUCCCAACCCAAACUCAUCUGCGCAUCCUGCACCUACAUCGCCAUCAAUGGAUACCGACGAACCGAAGAAUGGGCCCGAGAGGUCCUCCGAGCACUCUGACGAUGGCUCGGGGAAGGAAGUUGAGAAUGUUGGCCCGUCGCUAGUGAUCACGCUGUUGUUGACCACGGGAUCGCGCCACCCAUUCACUAUUGAUGGAAAGUAUUUACUGAAGCGAUCGGUGAAUGUCGAAAACAACGAUCCCUUCUUGAUGAGCGUGUACACGCUGAAGGAGUUGAUCUGGCGCGAAUGGCGUUCUGACUGGGAAACUCGACCCUCUUCACCAAGUGCUAUUCGCCUCAUUUCUUUCGGAAAACUGUUGGAUGACAAGUCACCUCUCUCUGACUCCAAGUUCAGCAAGGAACACCCGAACGUCGUGCAUAUGACCGUCAAGCCGCAAGAAGUCGUCGAUGAAGAAGAUGCGAAAGGAACCAAGGCGUCAUACAGCCGAGAGAACGAAGCCGGCGAGCGCAGCCCUGGAUGUCGCUGUGUGAUCCUAUAA